CCCGCGACCCGCACGUCUCCCAGGGCCGGUGCGGGGCGCAGGGACAGCUGGGAAGAUGGCGGGUGUGGUCCUGGGCGCUGUGGCUGCUUGGAUGCCUGGUCGGAGUUGGGGCUGGGCGGUCUUGUCUCUCGGACCUCACCGGAGCCUCGGCGCGUUGCUUGCACAGAAGCCCCGGAGGGUGCCUCGGUGGCUCCCAGCUUGCAGACAAAAGACAUCACUCUCUUUCCUGAAUCGACCAGACCUUCCAAACCUGGCUUAUAAGAGGCUGAAAGGCAAAAACCCAGGAAUUAUUUUCAUCCCUGGCUAUCUUUCUAAUAUGAAUGGUACAAAAGCAUUGGCCAUUGAGGAGUUUUGCAAGUCUCUCGGUCACGCCUAUAUAAGGUUUGAUUACUCAGGAGUUGGAAGUUCAGAUGGUAAUUUAGAAGAAUGCACAGUGGGGAAAUGGAGAAAAGAUGUUCUUUCUAUAAUUGAUGACUUAGCUGUAGGACCACAGAUCCUAGUUGGAUCUAGCCUUGGUGGAUGGCUUAUGCUUCAUGCUGCAAUUGCACGGCCAGGGAAGGUCAUGGCUCUUAUUGGUGUAGCUACAGCAGCAGAUGCCCUAGUGACAAAAUUUAAUCAGCUUCCUAUUGAGGUAAAAAAGGAAGUGGAGUUGAAAGGUGUGUGGACCUUGCCAUCAAAAUACCAUGAGGAAGGAGCCUACCACAUUCAGUACAGUUUCAUUAAAGAAGCCGAGCAGCACUGCUUGUUACACAGCCCUAUCCCCGUGACCUGUCCUAUCCGAUUGCUCCAUGGCAUGAAGGACGACAUCGUCCCCUGGCACACGUCCAUGCAGGUUGCCGACCGCUUAGUCAGCACCGAUGUCGAUGUCAUCCUCCGCAAACACAGUGAUCACCGAAUGAAGGAAAAAGCGGACAUUCAGCUUCUUGUCUACACCAUCGAUGAUUUAAUUGAUAAACUUUCAACUACAGUUAACUAGGAUCACAUUUUUAGCUGUUAGUAAAUUAAUGUAUCCAGGCAUUGCGAGAGGGAGGACAGAUGACAGACUCUGACACUUUCAGUUUCUCCCUCUUACCUCUGUUUUGUAAAUAUCACAUAAGUAUUUAUUUAAUGAUGUUAUUUGCACAAGUAAUACAAAUUGUGAAGGAAGUACCAAGCUGCUAUUUGGACCAUUUUCUCUUUUUUUCAAUCCUUGAUUUUUUUUUUUCCAUUAAAAUUUUUCCUAUUUUUUUAUUCAAGAAAUGUUUACCUUUCUUAUGUUUAUGUUAGCUACACUAGCUCUUAAUUACAUCCUCUUCUACUUAGAGUAACUAAUAAAGCUUGAAUAUUUUGUUUUUUGGUUUAGUACAAAUAUAUAUAUAUGGAAAUUUGUAAAAUUACACUGGAUUUUAAAACAAUUCACAACAUAGAGGAAAUGUUUAUUGAAAUAAAUCUGAAAUGAUUAGAGAAGUGUUAGAGGCAUAAUAAAGUUAAAAAAAUAAUAUUACUUUUAUUAUAUGCUGCAUGUUAUAUUUAUACUUAGAAUUAAGGUUUUACUUUUUAUAAGACACAACUUUUUAGUGAUAGAUAUUUCUAAAUUUUGACUUAUAUGUCAUAUUUAAAUGGGGAGUUGCAUCUUAAACAAUGAUGUAUCAUUUUUAUAUCAUGAUUGGCAAAACUGAAGAGGAAGUUUUGAGAUAUUACUGUCUACUUGCAGAAAUGUUAAUUUUUUAGGACCAGGUCACUGGACUCCCAUGGAGUUGACUGCAGUUAGAGUCCUGGACCCG